CAAAACGCUGUGGUUCAACCAUUUUUGAGUUUCUGACUUUUACUAAUCAAAUUUUGGUUGCAUCUCUCUUCAACAAUCCAUCCACAAACCCAACAUCAAAACGUCAUUGAUUCGAUCAAAAGGUUGCAAUUUUUUUGCUGGAAAUUUUGACCAGUCAAAUGGGUAUUCUCCAAGAAGCCAGAGAAAAUCAUGUCAAGAAGAAGGUUGAAGAAGCUUUACGCAGCAAAAUGAAGGCAAAGGCACUAAAAGAAUGUGAUCUUUUUACUUCAAAGUAUGCUGAAUGUGCUUAUGGAAGGACUCUAUCCGUUGUUUGGAAGUGUAGGCAACAAGCAGAGGAAUUGAAUAAUUGCCUUCAUCAAUAUACCAAUGACUCUGUUCUGGAAGAAAUGAAGAAAGAGUACAUGAUACAGGAGGAGGCCAAGAGCUCUGCUAGAAUUUGAGCUUAUAUCAUGUGUUUAAUUUGAACCGAGGAGCCAGGGAAGACCUAAAGUGCAGCGUGUCUUGACAUCGUGUGUUGGAAUAUCAAUGGUAUGGCAGCUACUUACAUCAUUUUCAAAGUCCCUUCCAUAGUUGUACAUCAAAAUUGAGCAAGAAUGUGGGCAAGUGCAAGCCCUGCUAGUAGGGUUUUACUGUAAUGAAGCACUACUGUUUUUUAGGAAUUUUGACAAUUAUGCACUGUAAUUCAAAUCCAUUGGCGUUGAAUCGAUCUUGGAGUUUGGAAUAGAUUGAUAAUUGGCCCAAAUUUCUUUCUGUUUAGUUUUCCUCAUCAUAUUUGCGAGCAUCUUUCAAAUUCUUUAUAUAAUAACAGAUAAUGGUGUUUGUAGCAACUGUGCACUGAAUAAAGCUUAUGUUACCUAGACUCGAA